UAACAACCACCACCGUAAUCCCAAAGAUCUCAAUUUUUUCGAGUGGUUCAUAAAUAAUUCACCAAAUCUCAGAAACGAGUUUUUAAUCAUCGCCGGAGAUUUAAACCGGGGAAAUGAUCGGCGGAGGUAAGGUUUACUGGGGUAAGAAGCCGGAUAAAGAGAUAGACGACGGCGGAUCUAACGGCGUCGUUGUGAUCUUCGCUUGGAGUUCGAUUAACGAGAAUCAUCUCACGAAUUUCGUUGACCUCUACUCUUCUCUCGGAUGGAAUUCGCUUGUUUGCCGUGCUGAUUUUCUCACUGCAUUUUACCCUGAAAUGGCUCUUUCUUUAGCAUUCCAUCUUCUUGCUGAGCUCAUUGAGGAGCUAAAGACCAGACCAUGUCCUGUUAUAUUUCUAGCUUUCUCUGGAGCUCCAAAAGCUUCCAUGUACAAAGUCUUACAGGCAAGCUUUAAAAGGAUUAAACUUUCAGCUAAUCUGUCUUUAUCUUGUGUUGUUGUCCAAUGGUAUAUCUAAAUAUUGCUAAAAACAUUAUACAAUGCAGGUGAUCAUGGGUGAUUGUGAAGCUCAAAUUCAUCCGGAUGAUAGCCAGUUAGUUAGAAACUGUUUAUCCGGACACGUCUACGACUCUGGACCGUUGGAUUUCACGAGCGAUUUGAAUGCGAAAUUCGCACUACAUCCCACGAUAAGGCGAAUGUCAGGGCCUUCGAAGCUAGUAUCUUGGAUGGCUAAAGGGAUAUCUUCGGGGCUCGACGGUUUAUAUCUCACAAGAUUUGAAUCCCAACGCAGUGAGUAUUGGCAAGCUCUCUACUCAUCGGUUGAAAUCGGAGCUCCAUAUCUCAUUUUAUGCUCGGAGAGCGACGAUCUUGCUCCUCACCAAGUGAUUUCAAGAUUCACCCAUCAGUUGCAGGAGCUAGGAGGAGAAGUUAAAGUCGUCAAGUGGAAAAAUUCACCUCAUGCAGGACACUACACACAUAACCCUAUACAAUACCGAACAAUUAUCUCCAACUUUCUAGAGAAGGUCAUAUCUGUUCACUUACAGAAAAUCCGUCAGCUUGGAGAAAGAGCUCGGACGCAUGAUGAGAUCUCUGAGCUGAUAUGUAACCUUCAGAAAGUUGCUGUGAACUCUAACCAAAGCCUAAGAAGAGUAGCUACUGGACCAUGUGACCACUUCUUCUUACCAAGCUCAGCGCCGUAUCAAAGCAACAAGAACGAUCCAUCGUCUUCUCAAGAAGAGCAGGGAGAAAGAUCUUUAUUCCGCCAGAUUCAACCGACGAGCAUAAACGCUCACAGCGUUCUCGGGCAGUUCCUAUUCGACUCAUGCGUUCCUAAAAACAUCGAAGGAUGGGAUAUCAGAUUCGGAGGCUCUCUCAACGGCCAACCAUACGCAACUUCCUCCUCACGUAAGAACUCGAGUAUUGGUUUCAAGAAACGCUUACUCCGUUCAAGACUAUGAUGAACUUUUGGGUGAAAAGGCUAAGCAAGGUACGAUGGGAAGUAAGUAGAGAGAUGUUUUUAGAGAAGGAGAGGGUUUGUAUAGGAUGCGGAAGAUGUAAAUAGAGUGAUGAUGAUUUUACUACGAACUAACAUACCUGAGGGAUCUAAAGAGUGUUUGUGAGUACAAGUAUCAAAAAUAAAGUCUGUAUAGAUAGACAUAUCUUUUUACUUGUGUCAAUAAAAAACACUGUAAAAAUGUAUCACUAGUGUAUGUUAUUAUAGCUUUGAGUCUUUGGACAUUCAUCAUAGACUUGGUUUCAAAACAUUAUCAAAUUACUAAUUGAAUGAAAAUUCUUUCGAG